AUGCCGGGGAUUACUAAAAUCCCAUCUCUUGGGCGUCCUGAGGAGCGGAGUUCAAGCUCCAAAACACACCAACUUCAUGGCACACUUGUUCUGGAUGCUCGGCUGAAGGUAUCUUGUUUUGCAUCUGAGCGUGGCUCUUCCCGUACAAUGUCACCGCCAACGCUCCUUUCUACCGGCACCCGCCUUGUCCAGUGCCAAAACAUCCCCGCCGCAACCGUCUCCCGUCAUUUUCAGCGACUCGCAUCAUCGAGCAGCUCAAGAGCUGGCUUCAAAUCGUCGGGAGUGCCUUCCGGCACCGGCCGUGUGUCUCUGUCCUCCUCACGUUGGCGGGCCGCCCAAGAGUUUCCAAUCUUUCCCCCUCAUCGGAGGGACAACCGCACCUUGCUCGAUCGCAGACUUGCAUUCUCCACAACGGCUUUGAACCACACAACAAUAGUGGCUCUAAACCCUAGAGUUGAUGAUGAUGGAAAUCCGAUGACGAUUGAAAUAUCUCCCCGCGCAGCGAAGCGUCUCCGACAAUUAACUGACCCGUCGUCCAAAUCCUCCCUGAACUCUAAGUCCGAACCAUACGACCAUCUCCGAGUCACUGUCACAAGCGGCGGUUGCCAUGGCUUUCAGUAUAUAAUGUCUCUCGACCCACGGUCCAAAAUCGACCCAGAAGAAGAUACUGUUUUUGAAGAAGAGACCCAAGACACGCCCAUGGAAGCAUCGUCAUCCCCCGGUCUCACUUCCAAAACAUCCGCGGGAGAAGCGAAAGUCGUUAUGGAUUCUGCAUCUCUUGAGCUGCUUAAAGGCAGCACCAUUGAUUAUACGGUUGAACUGAUAGGAAGUCAGUUCAAGGUCGUGAAUAAUCCAAGAGCGACGAGUAGUUGUGGAUGCGGUACUAGUUUCGACGUUACUGAGUGA